ACUCGCCACUCUGUAUUCACAUUUCACUGCGCCAAGCGUUGGACGGCAGACACUCGCGUUACUAUUGCUCCCUGUGGUUUCGGAUGUUACUGUAUGUGAGAGAAUUGAUAGAUAUAUUUUGUCAUGACUUGGUCGUCAUUUGCGUUUAUCCAGUGAUCAGGAUCCGUAAUGCUGUGAGUCCGUGAAAACCGUGAUAUCCCCAAAUCGUUACGACACGACCGUUGGUUUAUUCUGACUGUUUGCUUGUGCCGAUUGCGUUUAUUUGAUCCAUGCAAUCGCAUUAUCCGUCGCCGGCGCCAUAUUGAUCGACAUCGUUCCAACUCGUUUCACCAUUUUUACCCGUCUGUAUUUUGCCCUUAGAAUUUUCUCGUCUGCUGUUGGUUACAUUAUCAAAUAGUUGAUUUAUUGAUCUGCAACUCAGAUUUUCUGCCGAAACGACGAAAUAUAUACAGACAUAUUAUACUAUAUGAUGGAACAUUUUGAAUUCGCUUUGGGUCAACAAGUGUUAGCAUAUUCUCAAGGUUUGCUCUAUGAAGCCAAGGUUAUCGAUCGACGAGUGACAAACUCAGGGUGUAAUCAAUACUAUAUACAUUACAAAGGAUUCAAAGCAAAAUGGGAUGAAUGGCUUGACGAGGAAGAAUUGUUGGAAGUUAAUGCAAUAAAUUUAGGUCACAAGAGAAGGCUACUAGAAUCUCGUCGAAAACUUGAAAAGACCAAAACAGCUUAUGAACGAAGGACAGCGGUAGCAUCUUCAUCAAAAUCAGCAACAAGAAGAAGAGGCGAUUCCGAAAAUAAUGUAGCACAAUCUGCAAUCCCAGUUUUAGAAAAUGAAGUAAUGCCGAUUGUAGCAGAUGAUGAAGUACUAGUUAUAGAUGAUGAACCAAUCACAGCCAUUGAAAACGAAGUAGUCCCAGUUUUCGGUAACAGAGCAGCUGUUCGUCCUGGUCGUGGAAUUAUAUUCCAUAAUAUUCCACCUCCAAUGCUUCUUGCAAAUGAAUUGCGUUCAUUAAAACUACCGCGUUUUCUUAAAGGAGCGAGGGAUAUUGAUCGUACAAUGCACAAGUCAUUUGGCAUGGUAUUAAAGUUUCCGGAGAAAAACUUUGUUGCAGAAGUAUUGCACGAAUUCACAAAAUCUAACUUUUUUGUAGAUGAUGAUGUCCAAAAAAAAUAUACAAUAAUAUUUCCUGUUACGUUAAUGAAGUAUUUUAAUACCUCAGUGCAUUCAUGCCUCACGUAUAAGAAUGAGAAAAAGCAUCGUCUACAAAAUAAGGGCAUGAGUUAUUUUCGGCAAAGAAUGAUUGAUCGGCCUAACAUCAACUAUGUCUUAAAAAAUUACUUAAAUCCCAGAAGAAUUUGGUGUUACUUAUAUGGACCGAUAUAUCUACUAAGAUUACUUGUUCAUUUACCAAAAAUUUUGGUAACAAACUCGUGGCAUCCCGAAUAUGAUACAAAUAUGUUUGUUCUUCAUAUUAAACAAUUGAUGCGUUUUUUGGAGCAUAAUUACGAUACCUAUUUCUCUGUCUAUGAUUACAUACCAAUGGACCAUAAUACACGUAAAACAAAAAAUGUGUUUUUACGACAAGCAUCAGCACGUUGGCACUAGGCGGUGACUGGUUGCGCAGCUUUAUCAAGAAAAAAAGAAAAAUUUCAGUUUUUAAAAAUCAUAAUAUUAUUAAUGUGCUAUGGUUUUUUUUCCUAGGUACCUGUGGAAUGAAGUUUCACUUCAAUAUACAUUAUGGUUAUAAUUUAGUCUAUAAGAAAUUCAAUGUACAUUGUAAACUACAUAAAUUAGUUAAUUAUAUAAGAAAAACUACAUUUUAAAACAAAAAUUGCUUUAUGUCUAGCUAUUAAGGUAUAUAAUAUAUAAGUCUAAUUGUUGAAAAUUCCAUAUUGAUAAGUUAAUUAUGAACAAGGUUUUAGUUAGCUAUUCAUGAGCAUUCGUAGUAAUUAGGUAAUUAUUGCAAACAAUUUUCACUUAAUUUGUUAAUAAUUUUUAUUUUUAUGGUUAAAUUUGUUAAGGUAUGUUUUCCUUUCAGAACCAAACAGCUGAACAGUACAGGGUUGGUAGUUGAUGCUAGGCGCCCCAUCCAGAAACCGCAGGAAAACCGUACCUUAACAGAAUAAAAACAUAAAAGAAACUAAGAGGAUCAUUUUUUUUUUUCGGUCACGUAACUGACUGUUUUUCUAAGAUUCUAGAAAGAUUCUGUCAUUUUUUAGUUGUAAUUUUCUAGAAGCAUUGGUCCCUAGGAAAAAAGUCAGUUUGUGCUGUAUCUGGCGGCAUUCCCUUGAAAAUUAUGCUAAGCAUCUGAUGUUACAAAACAAGUGUAAUCUUAAUAUAUUAUAAUGGCGUAAACAGUAUAAUCGUGCUUUAAUGAAUUUUAUCUUUUUAACAAUUAGUUUUAUUCUUUAUUCUUUAAAUAUAUCCUGUAGUAUUAGAAGAAAAAAUAGACCCAUUAAAAAUAGACACAUUUUACAUUAAGUUUCAUAAUCAUUUGAUUAUGUCGCUGCUUAGGUACUCUUUGAAAAUUUGCUUCUGGAAAUAUAGAUAACUUGUUAGCUUAUGAAAUGUGUGUAAUAUUUUGUUUGAAAUUGUUGUAUACCUAUGUAUGAAGUACAAAUAAGUUCAUGUAAUUAAUGUUUUUAUGGAGCAUACAUUUUGUAUUAUGCAAAAUAUUUAAUUAAAAUUAAUAUAAGAAAUGUGCAAUCUAAAGUAAUUGUUUACUAUUUUAAUUUUAUUCUAGAGCAAAACAUGUGUAUUUUUGAUUAAGUAUUGCCACAAUAAUUUUGAAGGAACAAAUUACUGACAAAUAGACACUACAUUUUACAAUGUUUUUAUUAGGACCACAGUAAAUUUAAGCCAACUUUCUUGAAUGAAGAUUAAAAUCUUAAAUAUUUUAUAUAAAUUAUACAAAUAUUCUUCUUAGUUUCUGCCAGAUACCCGUAUCUUGUUCCUCAGAAGGAAUAAAUUCUGGUAUUCUUAAUAUUUUUCCUGAUAUUUCCCAUAGAUAUUAUGUACAUCAUAAUUCAUAAUAAUAAAAUACACUUUGUAAGUCGACAAAAGAGAAUUAUGUUCUGAGUAGGUAAUGAGUUUACUAGAUUAUUAUUUAUCAUAGGUUAUACUGCAGUUUUGUGAAAAUAAUGAACACGUAACUAAUUAUUGUUUAUUCCAAGAAUUACUACCACAUAGUCCACAAGACUGUUAUGUCUAUAGACGUUUUUGAUAUUUAUUAUACUUUUAUACAAUUAACAGUUUAAAAUAUUCUGAAUUUAAUUUAUUCACCUAUUAUUCAUUAAUUUAAUGAUGUAAACAUUAGUGUAUACCUUACCAAGACAUCUGGUCAAUUAAAUUGUUGAUCUAAAUUUGUAAUUAGAAUAAUAAAACUAAUUUUUAAUGAAAUAAUAUGAUAUAAUGGUCAAAUAAUUAAAAAUAAACAUUUGUUUUAUUUUCCAUUGUUUUUUCCGUGAUUCGUUGUAACUUAUAAAUUAUUAUGGUUAAUAAUAAUAAAAUAUCAUAGAGACAUGUAUGAUAUAAAUAUAUAAUGUAAUCAAAGCUCAGCUGUAUACAAUGUAUAAUGUGUAUGAUAAAGUUUUGGCAUUGAAACUUUAUGAAAUUCAUUUCUGUAAUUGUGUAACUAAGAAAUUAGUGAAAAAAAUAUUUUGUAUAUGACUAUUAGUGUCGAAUAGAACAGGCAACAUUCCAGCUUUAAGAUCCAGUACCUAUGUGAUGUCGAGUCUUGAUUCACAUAAAUAUUUUUUUUUUAUGGUCGUGUUCAUCGUUUGUGGUUGUGUACUUGUGACUUAUAUCUAAUAUUUAUUGAUA